AUGUUUAAAACUCCUCCGCAGAAUAAUUCUGUAGCUUCUAAACUGGACCCAAAUACGGAUACCAAAAAAUCAGAAACCUCGGCGGGAAAAGACAAGGGAACAACAUCACACGUAAGGAAAAGUGUAGGCGAGCUUGAAUCGCGUCUUGGUGCUGCACCAAAAACCAAGACAGCUGAUUUGCCGACCAAACAUAAAUCGAAAAUUUCUCCUGCCGUAGAGUGUGAUGUAAAUCAAGAGGAAAUCGAAACAACUAAAUAUUUAAAUAAAGCACAAGAGGCUAAGGCACACGUAGUCAAAAUAAAAUUAUUACUAAAUAGCUCACGAAAUUUGAAGACUGAAAUCAAAGAUAAAAUUGCAGAAGCUGCAGAAAAACUUUACAGAUUGACCAAGGGAGCUGAAGAAGUAAAGGAAAAUACGAUAGAAAACGAUACAACAAAAUUGGUAAGAAAACAGGAUAUUGAGUUCGAGCUACUAAAGAAAAUGGAAGAACAUAGUAAACUACUCACAGAGUGCAGGAUAGAGACUCAACGCAUAAGUGAAGAAGUGAAAAGUCAUAGGGAUGAACUUAUCACCUAUUCAAGUGUAGUUGCAAAACGGAAUAGAGGGCAGCCUCUGGAUCCAAACGCAGCUCACUUUAGGGACACAGUUUCUGCUCAAAUGCACUCAGUUAUAGUCUCCCCACCAGUAUGGAAACGGCUGACAGAGGCGGGAAGAGUCCAUGUAUGA